AUGUCUCUUGCUAGGCUCUCCCGCCGCGCAUUGCGCUUCCCCCAGGCGCGUGCGUUCACCACCACCGCCCGCGUGCUUGGCCCCGUCGCGACGGUUCCCCGCGGCUCCUCCACCACCGCCACCCAGCCCCACCCCCACCCUCCCUCCAAGUCGUUCCACCCAUCGACCUCGUCAGUCUUCACCCCUCUGGACACGUUCAAGCCCCGCCAUGUCGGCCCCACCGACCAGGACACCCAGUCCAUGCUCAACACUCUCGGCUACAAGACCAUGGACGAGUUUGUCAGGGCGACCGUCCCCGACAACGUUCGUAUCCCCGAGUACACCUCGAACGACAUUGCUCCCUACUCUGAGCUCGAGCUCCGCCGUCGUGCCGAGGAGAUUGCCAACAUGAACAAGCCCAUGAAGAGCUACAUUGGUAUGGGUUACCACAAUGCCAUUGUCCCCGCCGUUAUCCAGCGCAACGUGUUCGAGAACCCCGCCUGGUACACUGCCUACACCCCCUACUCGCCCGAGCAGUCGCAGGGUCGUCUCGAGUCGCUCGUCAACUUCCAGACGAUCGCUAUCCAGCUCACUGGCCUUCCCAUUGCCAACGCCUCGCUCCUUGACGAGGCUACCGCCGCGGCCGAGGCCAUGGCCAUGUGCGUUGCCUCUGUUCCCAAGAACAAGUUUAGCAAGGGCAAGAACAUCUUCCUCGUCUCGCCCACUGUCGCUCCCCAGACCCAGGCGGUGCUCGAGACCCGUGCUCCCGGCUUUGGUGUCCAGCUCCAGGUCGCCGAGAGCAACGAGGCUUUCCUUGCCGAGGUCGAGAAGCUUGGCGACAAGAUCAUCGGUGCCCUCGUCCAGUACCCGGACGUCAACGGCGAGAUCAACGACUGGGCCGGUGUGGCUGAAAAGGUCAAGGCCAACGGCGGCAAGGUCGUCGUCGCCUCGGACCUGCUUGCCCUCACCAUGCUCAAGCCUCCGGGAGAGUGGGGUGCCGACAUUGUCUGCGGUAACUCGCAGCGUUUCGGUGUCCCCCUCGGCUACGGUGGUCCCCACGCCGCCUUCUUUGCCACUACCGAGGACAUGAAGCGCAAGAUGCCCGGCCGUAUCGUCGGCCUGUCCAAGGACUCGCACGGUGCCCCGGCCUACCGUCUCGCCCUCCAGACCCGUGAGCAGCACAUUCGUCGUGAGAAGGCCACCUCGAACGUCUGCACUGCCCAGGCCCUUCUCGCCAACAUGGCUGCCAUGUACGCCGUCUACCACGGCCCCGAGGGUCUCCGCCGCAUCGCCGGCAAGGUCCACUCGCUCACCCGCGUCCUUGCCGAGCAGGUCACCGAGCUCGGCUUCACCGUCAAGAACAAGAGCUACUUUGACACGCUCACCAUUGACGUCUCGACUGCCGGUUUCACUGCCGACCAGGUGCUCCAGACCGCCGUCGCCGCCGGUAUCAACUUCCGUCCCGUCGACGCCAAGACCAUUGGUAUCACCCUCGACGAGUCGGUCGGCCCUCUCGACCUGACUGACAUUGUCAACGUCUUCUACCGCGUCAAGGGCCAGUCGGACGUCGAGCCUGCCCAGCUUGAGGCUUCUGCCCAGUCGCUCUCGCUCUCGUCCGACUCGGUCACCGCUCCCAUUGCCGGCCCCCUCGCUCGUUCGACCGCCUUCCUCCAGCAGGCCGUCUUCAACAAGCACCACUCGGAGACCGACAUGCUCCGCUACAUGAUGCACCUCCAGCAGAAGGACUACUCGCUUGUCCACGGCAUGAUCCCCCUCGGCUCGUGCACCAUGAAGCUCAACUCGACCUCGUCCAUGGUCCCCCUCUCGUGGAAGGAGUUUGGCGGUGUCCACCCCUUCGCUCCCCAGGACCAGGCCCAGGGCUACAUCACCAUGCUCAACGAGCUCGAGCACGACCUCUCGCUCGUCACUGGCUACGACGCGACCUCGGUCCAGCCCAACUCGGGUGCUUCGGGCGAGUUUGCCGGCCUCAAGGUCAUCCACGCCUACCACGAGUCCAACGGCCAGGGCCACCGUGACGUCUGCCUCAUCCCCCUCUCGGCUCACGGCACCAACCCGGCCUCGGCCGCCAUGAUCGGCUACAAGGUCGUCCCCAUCAAGGCCCUCGACGACGGUUCGCUCGACCUCAAGGACCUCAAGGAGAAGGCUACCAAGCACAAGGACAACCUUGCCGCGUUCAUGGUCACCUACCCCUCGACCUUUGGUACCUUUGACGAAGGUAUCGAGGAGGCCUGCCAGAUUGUCCACGACAACGGCGGCCAGGUCUACGUCGACGGCGCCAACGCCAACGCCCUCGUCGGCCUCACCUCGCUCGGCCGUGUCGGCGGUGACGUCUCGCACACCAACCUUCACAAGACCUUCUCCAUCCCCCACGGCGGUGGUGGUCCCGGUGUCGGCCCCAUUUCGGUCAAGAAGCACCUCGCGCCCUUCCUCCCCGGCCACCCGCUUGCCCGCGUCGGCGGCGAAAAGGCCAUCCAGGCCGUCUCGGCCGCUCCUUACGGCUCGGCGUCGAUCAACCUUAUCUCGUGGGCCUACAUCAAGAUGCUCGGCGGCGAGGGCCUCACCGAGUCGUCCAAGAUGGCGCUCCUGAACGCCAACUACAUUGCCGAGCGUCUCCGCCCUUACUACAACCUGCGCUUCACCAACAAGAACGGCCGCGUCGCGCACGAGUGUCUCAUUGACCUUGCCGAGUUUGAGGACAAGGCCGGUCUCCGCGUGCCCGACUUCUCGAAGCGUCUGCAGGACUACUCGUUCCACCCCCCGACCGCCCAGUGGCCCCUCUCGACGUGCUGGCUGAUCGAGCCCACCGAGUCCGAGCCCAAGCACGAGCUCGACCGCUUCAUCAACGCCCUCAUCUCCAUCCGCGGCGAGGUCGACGAGGUCAUUGCCGGCAAGCAGGACAAGGAGGACAACGUCUUCAAGAACGCCCCCCACCCCCUGUCGGUCAUCACCGCCGAGGAGUGGACCGCCCCGUACUCGCGCUCAAAGGCCGCGUACCCCGUCGCCAACCUCCGCCGCUCCAAGUUCUGGCCCACCGUCGGCCGCGUCGACGACGCCGCCGGUGACCUCAACCUUAUCUGCGAGUGCGGCAGCGUCGAAGACUUUGCCAACUAA